AUGUCUGAUACACAGAUACUAAACAAGUACGGUUACCCAGUGGAAACUCACAGUAUUGAAACUGAAGACGGAUAUCUUUUGGAAGUAUAUAGAAUUCCGUAUGGUCGUAGAAUCACUGAUAAAAGAAGAAAAAACAAUCCAGUGAUUGUAACUCACGGCCUCUUAGGAUCGGCAGAGAAUUUAAUUUUAGUGGGUCCCAAUAAAUCUUUAGCUUAUAUGUUAGCAGACAACGGAUAUGAUGUAUGGCUCAGUAAUACUAGAGGAAAUUGGCAUUCCAGAAAGCAUAAAACUUUAAAUCCAGACCAAGAUCAACAAUACUGGCAAUUUUCGUUUAAUGAAAUUGGAAUUUAUGACCUUCCUGCUACCAUCGAUUACAUUCUAAAUAAAACAGAUUCCAAUCAGCUGCAUUACGUUGGACUUUCUCAAGGAGCUUCAGCAUUUUUUGCAAUGUGUUCUGAACGUCCAGAAUACAACAAAAGAAUAACAGUAAUGGCAGCUUUAGCCCCUGUAGCUAUUCUGAAACACUUCAGAAAUCCAUUUAUUAGAAUAAUAUCUCCUUUUUAUCGCUUCUUGGAGCGUUUGGCCGAUGAAGCUCAUCUGAACGAACUGCCACCUUUUAUUUCAAGUAGAAAUAUACAAGCCAUAAAUAAAGCUUUAUGUGGUAGAGGGAAUCUAUUACCUUUUGAAAUAUGUCGUAUCCUACUUUCCAUACUGUUUGAAGACAAGGAAAUGGACAAACCACGUAAUGUCAUCAAUCUGGCCUUAUCAAAUUUUCCUGCUGGAGCAUCUGCUAAACAAGUAUUGCAUUAUGCUCAAAUUAUUGAGAAAGGUAAGUUUCAAAAGUACGAUUGGGGUCCAAAAGAGAACAUAAGAAGAUAUAAUUCAAAAAUCCCACCCGAAUACAACCUAAAAAACAUAACCGCUCCGGUUGCCCUAUUUUAUGGGGAAGCUGAUUCUGUUGCUACGAAGGAGGAUGUGGAGAUACUUGCAAAAUUAUUACCAAAUGUGGUUGAAAUGUACAAAGUCCCUUCUAAAAAUUGGAAUCAUUUGGACUUCGUAUGGGGAAAAAAUAUCGAUAUUUUAUUAAAUAAUAAAGUUAUAGAUGUAAUUACAAGGUAUAAUAAAUAAAUAUAA